AUGCUGUCACGUCUUCUCCUUGGUGCGGCUGCCCUGGCUAGCUUCGUCGCCGCCGCCCCAGCCAUCGAACCAGUUACUCACGCCGUCAAGAUUCGUUCCGACAACGAGGGUUCUAGUGUUGAAGUUUGGGAGGACGAUGAAUCGGGAGGCCUUGAGCGUCGUGGCAAGAAGGGAUCUUACUUCCUUCUUGUCAAUGCGACGCCUUGGAAGAUGACUUUGGCAGGUCGCUCGAGCUAUCAGAUGAACGUCUGGGAGUUCCCUGAGAUUAUUGAACCAGGCACAUCCAACAGGAUCUACAUCGAAGGCAAGGGCCACAUCGAUGACGGGGGCGAAGUGAGCUACCGUUUUGAAGCUCUCCUCGGCCACCCCGACUUCGAGUUUCGAUACUCAGGCAAGCUGGGAGAAAACAGGGUCCCUGGUGCUGGCAUCAGAUUUGGUUCACUUGAGACGGUCAACAACAAACCCGGCACGUUCCACAAGUUGGAAUGGCGCAAGGACAACAACAUACCCUUCAUCAUCGCUAGCUCUGAGGAGAACCCUGAGAACCCUUCCAUUCAGCCUUGGCUUGUAUCAAGUAACCCACCUCAGGACUGGAUGCACGCUACCUACCCCAGGAUCUCGUGCCUCAAGCUCCGUGAACUGGCCAUACCUGGAACGCACGACUCGGGCAUGUCUCAAUUCAAUGGAGGAGGGUCAGGUUUCGGCGCGCCUCUAAACUCCAAGACCCAGGAGCUCAGCGUGGCGGGCCAGCUGGAAUUUGGUGCUCGCUGGUUCGACAUCCGUCCUUCCAAGACUGGUGGCAGGUGGGCUACUGGCCACUACUCGUUUGCAGCUGGUAACUGGCACGGUGGCAAUGGAGAGUAUCUCGACGACAUUAUCGAUGGCAUCAACAGGUUUACCGAGAACAACAAGGAGCUCAUCAUUUUGAAUGUUGCUCAGGGUCUCAACUCGGACAACUUCAAGGGCGAUAAAGAUGCGAAAAUCAGCCAGGCAGAAUGGGAAGACGUCAUGAGGCAGCUGGAGAGGAUCAACCAUCGAGUCGAGAACCGAGGCGGUGAGGAGGACAUUUCUCAGCUCCGUGUCUCAGACUUUAUCCAAGACCGUGCUGCUGUCAUCAUUAUCGUGGAUGCCGAACUCUACAAGACACAGGACAGAGUUGAUCUUUCUGCCUUUGCAGACAAGGGCUUCUUCCGACGAAACCAGCUCCCUCUGUAUGACAGAUACGCCGACGAGAACAACCAAAACAAGAUGAUUGAGGAUCAGUUGAACAAGUUGAGAGAACAGCGACAGUCUGCAGACUCUACCAUGUUUCUCCUCUCGUGGACCUUGACCCAGGCUGGUCUUAACGUGGUUGAAAAUGGCAAGGGAGCUAACCGCGCCCUCAUCGAGAAGCUCUGGCUGACUAUGUCUUCGUCGACCUACCCCAACAUCAUCAACAUUGAUGCUUAUCCUAGCAACAGGGACUUUGCGGCACUGAGUAUGGCUAUCAACUACCACUUUGCGCCGCGCUGCUGA